GAAGAUAAAGGAUCUUUUACAGCAAGGAUACCUUCAGGAGCUCUUCGAGAUUUUCUCUGGAAAGCUGAGAAUCAUCUAACCGUCAUUUUUGGACAUUGAUGAAGAGCAGAUAGCUGACAUGGUACUACUCAGCCUUUUGAUUUUGGGUGCGCUGGUUAAAGGCCACCUGGCUCUUACUGCUAGUGAGUGUGGGUCUUACUACAGGCUUCCAGCCUACACAGACAUCUCAGUGUACUGCGGGACCGAGUCUAUAAAAUUGGCCAUCCAGGUUUGCCCGGUCAUUUACACCGGAUAUAACGAGAGUUUGUUGAUUUUGAAUAAAAUCGCAAAUGAUCCGUUGUGUCGGGGAACGCUGGAUGCGACUGCCAAUCCUCCAGUCGUGCGUUUCAGCUUCCCGCUACGACAAUUAGACGCCUGUGGCAGCAUCUUCCGUACCACCAGCGCUCCCGGGACCGGCAUCUUCUCGGACUUCUCCAACAUCCAGACGGUGAACAUCAGUGGGGUGGUCAGAUCUUUCGACCCCACAAUAGGAACAGUGACCUACAACGCCGAGCUGAGUUACUUUUACUCCUGUGCAUAUCCGCUCGAGUACCUGAUCAACAAUACACAAGUUGAUGUGUCGUCCUCCUCCAUUGCAGUGAUUGACAACAAUGGUAGCUUCAUCAGCACUUUAAGCAUGCAGCUCUUCAAAGAUGUAAACUACACAACUCCACUCGUUAUCCCAGCUAUUGGUGUUGAACUCAGAACCAGAAUCUACGUGCAAGUCAUUGCAGCAAACUUGACUUCACAGUAUCAUGUUCUGCUGGAUCGAUGCUAUGCCUCUAUCUCUGCCUUACCCACCAAUUCAACCUUUUUCAACCUCUUUGUCCCGUGCUCACAGGAUCAGUUUACCACCAUGUUGGAGAAUGGAAACAGUCAGAAGGCUCGCUUCAGCUUCCCGGCCUUCCGCUUUGUCGAGCAGCAGAAUCAGACCAUUUCCACCUACUACCUCCACUGCAUCACCAGGCUUUGUGAAACCAGCACCUGCGCCCAGUUCAAGCAAUGCAACAGGAGGAGGAGAAGGGAAAUCCAGACAACGACAAUUAAAGAUGGCGUCUCAGACACAACCCUCAUCACCUCAGGACCUAUCAAGACCGCAUCAGAAACCCCUCUUGCCACUAAGGAUCAAGCUGUGAGCAGUGCACAGAAGGACAGCGGUAACGGGGCGUCUGUAGGACUGGGCAUCGCUCUUGCCGUCCUCGUCAUUGUGGGCACCGUCGCUGCCCUCAUGGCCGUGUCGUUUUACCGCAAACUCAGGAUGCUGCGUUAACUUCCCGCGAUCCCAGAGCUCUUUUCGCGUAGGACCAAUACAACAGCACUGGUGGAGGUGGGAACUGGGGAUCCAUAUUAUUAAUAUCUGACUUUUUAAAUUAAAAAGCUUUGUCGGCAUAGCAGACAACACGAUUGUCAUUUGAAAUGCAAAUACUGCAACCAAAAAAAGACAAGUUUAUUAUAUAAUAACUUAUAUACUAAAGACAGAAUUGUUUAAAUGACAUUUCAUUUUAAAGCAAACAUGUACAGAGAUGCAUUUGGUGUGAGAAAGAGGAUCAUACGCAUUGAGAAGAUAUUUGUACGGAUAAAGCAUUUUAUACAUUUAAAACUGCGAUUUAUCGUAAUGUAUCUCAAGAUUCAAGGCUUUAGGAUUGACAGCUUUAAAAGAGCAGAUGAAAGACAUCAUUUCAUAAAGUUAUUACAACAGCUGCAUGAAGAGCCUUGCUUUGAUUUAACAAACUUGUUUCUUAUGUGGAAGGAAAGAUUGGUUUUUGGAAAAGGGAAUUAUAAGCAUGCUUAUUUCAGGUACUUCCGCAUAUGUGAUAUGUUACAAAUUCAGACAGUUGUCUUGUGAAACAUGUUUGUUUUUAUUUGUUGAGUUUGUACUUUUAUUGCA